CGAAUGUUCCAAGUUCCCAUUGCGAUAAGCAAAUUAGAACGUCUUUAAUCUCAAUUUUAAUGAAAGGGAAACAAACGCUUAUGAUUAUGGUAGCAAAUUCAAAAAGUGAACGCUUCCAUAACCGUUACGGUCUGCCAGCUGUUGAGUGGCUGAACAAAAUAUAUUUUGUCUGUAAACAAUAAUCGUGCAAAGAUGAAACGAAGCAUACAGGAUAUUGUAAAGCAAAUAUUUUAUAAUGUUCAAUUUGGUAAAACUUGUCAUCAGAAGAAUAUGAAAACGUUGAAGGAACUUUACGAGCACAACGAUCUCACAGAGUUCUGGUCGAUUUUUGAGCUGUGCUUCAAAGUUCCUCUGAGUAUACCACAACAGCAUCCGCGAGUUCAAAAUGUUUUAAUGUUCAUUGCCAAAUUUGCUGCCAGCUUGUACAUAGUAGCUGAAAAUGAUGAAUCCGAGGAAUCCAUGUGCCCGUUCCUUGCCAAGCUGUUCGACUUCAUUUUAACGAAUCAUCACGCAAGAGAGACAGGAGUCAGAUUUCGUAUUUGUCACUUUUUGAACAUGCUUUUAAAUGCGAUGGGUGAUCAAGCUUUCAUCGAUGAUAAUCUGUGCGAUAGAAUCACUAAUUCCAUGAUGGAAAGGUUGUUAGAUAGAUCACCGAAAGUAAGAGUGCAAGCAAUAUUCGCUUUACACAGACUCCAAGAUCCUAUGGAUGACCAGUGUCCGGUUAUAAAAAUGUACAUGUUUCACGCGUUGAAAGAUCCGAAUGCUGAAGUUCGAAGAGCAGCCAUAAAUAAUAUGGGCAAAAAUCAGAAAACUUUGCAAGUGGCAAUUAAAAAGACCAGAGAUGUGGAUGAGAGAGUCCGCAAAGUGGCAUAUAUUUUUAUUAGUAAAAUAACAGUAAGAUCUUUGACUAUUAUUCAACGAGAUCAAUUACUAAAUGAUGGUCUGAAGGACAGAUCUGAGAUAGUUAAAACAACUGUUAGGAAUGUCUUGCUACCUGCAUGGCUGAAACAUUUCAAUGGUGAAUAUAUUAGUUUGAUAAAAGCUCUUGAUGCUGAAAUUGGCACUGAUGUGUCAGUGUUAGCUCUGGAGACUUUGUUUAAGGAUGCACAACUGAGUACCUUAAUAGAAGAGUUACCGAUAGACAAAGAAACGAAAUUAAUUCCACUGAAGAAUUUAGUCAGUGAGAAUGCAUUAUAUUGGAAGUGUCUGGCGAGAUAUGUUCAACGUGAAUUCACAGAAGAAUUGGAACAAAUUUUACCGGAGUUAACAACAUUCUGUACAUAUAUCUCCGAUUUUAUUGCGUUGAUGUCUUCGCAGCAAACCAAUAAAUGGGUGAAAGAUAUGCAGAAGUUUGUUCUGCUACAAUUAUUUGAAAUAACGACAUUUUAUGAUUUAUCGGAUGAAGUUGGAAGAAAAAAACUACAAGAAUUAAUACUGAAUACUUUAAUGGGCAAUCACUGGACCGAGGAAAUUAUUGAGUGCGUGGUAACACAUUUAGUAAAAGUUAUACCAGAUGUGAACACCAGGUUAGAUACUUUAGCGAAUGUGAUCAGUGAUAUUAGGUUGCCUUUGAAGGAAACUGCUGUUACACAGAUUUCGGAAGAACAACAGCAACAAAUUAACUUACAAAAAGCGAAACUGAGGAUACAGUUACUGGAAUUGAAAGAUGAAGAGUAUCAAGCGAUACAAGACAAAGAGUAUUUAAAAGCUGAUAACUUAAAAAAUCAAAUUGAUAAAUUAAAUGAGAAAAUAAAAACGCUAUCGGAACCUGCUGUGGUGCCAGUUAUAUCUAACGAGGAAGUUAGAGAAAAAUCUGAUUCGGAUACAAUGAUCAAAUGUUUAAGUAUAAUAUGCACGAUGAUGCAUUCAGUAACAUCGUUAACGCCGACACUAAGGGGUCUCAUGCAAAUAUUCCAUGACAGUUUAGAUCACCCGAACGACAAGGUACAUGUAUUGGCGAUAAAAGGGAUCAGCAUUUGUAGCAUACUGGACAAGUCGUUCGCCAAAGAACAUAUAUUGAUAUUGUUCCUACAAUUUUCUUUGGAACAAGAGAACAAUGAAAUUUGGAUCAUGACUUUAAAGGGAAUCUUCGAUUUAUUCUUGCUGUACGGACUCGACUAUUUCGACAUCUUAGAAAAUGUCAGUGAGGGCGACAGUAAUAAAACUGCCAAUACCGAAAAAUCUCGUACCAAAUUGUAUACCGAUAACGAUUCUGAAGUUGCCUUUGAGAAAAUGACUCAAAACUUCACUGGGGACGGUAAUUGUAAUAUUAUCAACAUCUUGACCGAAUUAUUAGAGAACGAAGAUGAAAAAUUAAGAACAGUUGCCACGGAAGGCCUCUGCAAAUUAUUACUCAAUCGACGAAUUGCUGGCACGAAGCUCAUCUCACGAUUAAUCAUAUUAUGUUUCAAUCCCGUGAACGAUAACGACUUCUAUCUUCGACAAUGUUUAAGUGGCUUUUUUAGUAAUUUCAUUGUAAGGAUACCCGAUGCGGUGACCCUGUUGGAACAGAUCUAUUUGCCGACGUUAGCGACCAUUUGUAACGCGCCGGAAACCAGUCCACUGCGCGAAGUGGAUCCUUACGAUAUAUCGAAAUUCAUGUUGAAUCUGAUUCACUUGGGAUCUCGUAAACCUGGCCCGCACAACAAUCUUGUCUUUACAAUUUUGGCGGAAGUGUUGAACCCGGAAAGCAAUAUCGAUCAACAGAUGCUGAUUGUGACUUUAAAAAAUGUUCGUAUAAAUUUAGAGGACAAUGCGGCUAAAGAAGAUUUACGGAAAGCUAUUGCAGACGUGAAAGAUCAGGUUGACCCUUCCGAGAAACGAUUACUGCAGUGUAUUAGGAUCUUUGAAAGAAAAAUAGAUGCUCCCGAGGAUGCCGAUAUGCCAAUGGAUGAAGACACGGAAGCUGAAGACAAUGAUAAUUGAAUAAGAAAUUCCUUUCAUAAACGAAUAAUGGACUGUAUUAAAUUUAAUAUUAAAUUAUGUUUUCUAUCAUC